AUGUCUCUCAAGGUCGUCGUCCUCGCCUGCGUGGCUGUCGUCGCUCUGUGCGACAAGGCCCCAGUCUACGCCCCUCCUCCCCCAGCCUACGCUCCUGCACCUUACCAUGCCCCCGAACCUGCCUACCACGCCCCUGCACCCUACCACGCCCCCGAACCUGCCUACCACGCCCCUGCACACUACGAGCCCGAAUACCCUGAUGUGCCACCCAAGUACAACUACAACUACGGUGUCGCCGACGGAUACUCCGGCGCCAACUUCGGCCACACUGAGUCCCGCGACGGCUACAAGACCGAGGGCAGCUACACCGUCGACCUCCCCGACGGCCGCAAGCAGAUCGUCAACUACGUGGACAACGGCGACGGUCUUAUUGCUGAAGUCACCUACGAGGGCGAGGCUCAGUACCCCGAGCACACACCCUCCUACAAGCCCGCUCCUCCCGCCUACGGCCCCCCUCCCCCCACCUAUGCCUAAGAUGUCUUAAAGUGUCAGAGAUAUGUUCAUCCAGUUGUAUUUAUUUUUGUACAAAUAAAGACUAGUUUGAAAAAUCUUAA